CGGGUUUUGAUCCCGUAUAAAAUCAAGCAUGAUCAACUUCACCAUUUUCUUUACUUUACAGAUUCUCUUUAUUUUUCAUCAAGCAAUACAUAUAUCAAUACAUUAUGGAUACCAGUACUUGUGCAGUUACUAGCAAUGGAAUUCCCCAUAUUCAAUGGAUCUACCAAAUCUUCGGAGAUUGUGUGUAUGGCUGGCAGGAAUGCCUUAGUCUUCUUUUAGGCUAUCUCUCCAUUGUAUGCUGGUUGAAUGCUCAGAUGCCUCAAGUUAUCAAGAAUUACCGAUUACAGGAUGCUCAAUCACUCAGCUUUAGUUUCCUUACAGUAUGGCUCACGGGGGAUGUGGCGAAUUUUAUUGGUUGUCUUAUUACAGGACAAUUGCCUUUUCAGACAUUUUUAUCCAUCUAUUUUAUCACCAUCGAUACCUUGCUCUGCAUCCAAUGGCUCUACUAUGUGCGAUACCCUAACAAUGCACUGCGUCGCUUGCUCAAUCCUCACCGCGAAUUCACUACUACUACCAAAGCAAACGAAGAUACACCGUUGAUGACUUCGACACAAAAGAAUUACAAAACGACAGCUUUGUUGAUGUUUGGAUUAUUAUCAUUUGGUGUGACCACAUCCAGUCCAAGCUUGACAACGGCCGCCAUGGCUUCAACAACGGUAACAACUACCGCCACCACUUGGAUGGUUGAUAAAAUCUGGAUCGGUCGUUUCAGUGCUUGGUUGUGUACAUUUUUGUACUUGACUUCGCGAUUGCCUCAAAUCGUUCAAAAUUUUCGUCGUCGAUCCGUUAACGGUCUUUCCAUGGCCUUGUUUUUCUUUGCCGCCAUGGGCAACCUUACCUAUACCCUCAGCAUUUUCACGAAUCCCCAUGCCACGCGCGCCUCAUUGAUUGAAGCCGUCCCAUAUAUUCUCGGCAGCGCCGGUACAUUGAUGUUUGACGCUUCCAUUUUCAUCCAAUACCACAUGUACAAUCAGCGACCGCAGCCAACGCAUGAAAUCAAGAUUCAAGCCGAACUAGCCUAAAGAAAAGGUUUAUGACCGGACGACUUUUUUUCCCUCUUGGCUCUUGACCCUUUCUAACUGACUCUCAUGAUUCGGUUUCUUUGUACAUUCUCCUACUUACCACGCUUUAUCCGUUUGUAUUUAAAAUCAUUUUCUCGUCAUGACCCUUUUUUUUCAUCUGCAUAUUCGUUCCGUUCAUUGAACCCUCCUCCUUUCCCGCGCCCCAACCCCCUUUGUUUAUCAUCAUCUAGACAAACAAUAAAAAGAAAGAAGUCGAUAAACGUUCUAAACAAAAAACAAAAAAAAAAGUUUGACUGCAUGAACGCUGUCAAGUGGAUGAAACGGUGCCUGAAUUGGUGGGCUUGAUAAAUGGAAUGACUGGAUGAUUCAAGUUCUAUCAAUUAGGGACUGAUAAAUGGAUAAAGAUGGCGAUGGUUUCAACAAUGAACGGAAUGCGCGGGAGAUCCUCCUCGGGAA